GCGCACAUGCUGCUCUGCGUUCACUUGCACAUAAACAAGAGCAGUGCAGUGGACAGCGAAACAUGGAGCAUCGCUUUGACCGCGCGGCAGCGGUGCUGUCACCGCUGGAGGAGUCCAGCGCGGAGGUGAGCAGAGACAGCGGCAUCGUGUCCCAGAGCGCCAGCAGCCUGUCUAUGGUGAGCGAGGCCCUGAGCAGCGGCACCGUGUCUCAGAGCCCGAGCUUCGGCGCUGCAGUGGCCCCGAGCCCGAGCUCCGCAGCCGGAGAAACCCAGCCGGAGCAGACACGAGACGACGAGCUCCUGACACACACCGCCAUCACUUACUCCUCUUAUAUCAGAGCCAACGCGGAGGAAGAGGUCCUGUGCUUGGAGAAAAGCCUGGAGGAAAUGCUUACAAGAGUCGAUGAGUUUGUUGGUAUGCUUGAUAUGAUUCGAAACGACACCUCACAGGUGGUCAAUGAGAACUUACCACAGAUACAAAGAAAAUCUGAAGAGAUGAGAGAGAUUUACCGAAAAAUUGACAAAUUGGAGGCCUUUGUCAAAAUGGUUGGAGUCAAUGUCAGUGCAAUGGAAGAACAAGUAACUCAAGUCGAAGGUGACGUUGGGACCCUCCCAGGCGCCUUCAAAAAGAUCUUCCGCACAAUGGCCGUACCAGGUUUCUUAAAUAAACCUUCUAGCCCACGAAGGCAAUCACAAAGACAUCAAGAGCUUCCCAGUGUAUUUAGGACAGAAGAUUACUUUAAACCUCAGUCUGAGCAGUGAAAGAGAGACUAUCCUAUUGACGUCAUGAAGUACCAACCAAGCCCAGGCUUCUCCAACAUCAGCAGUGCUGCCUGCUUUCAAAUGCUAACACCUGGGAUUGCUAACACAAACAUUUCACCGUCACUUUAUCUGCAGCUUAUUUAAGGAAUCCUGAUCAAAGCCAACUGUUGUUUUAUUAGGCAGUCUAAUGGCAGCUAGUUUUAUAAUCAACAGAAGCUUUGGUUUUAAAUAACUUGGUUUUUUUUUUUUUCCUGAAGUGCCUCUCCAGGAAGCCGGACAAUGUUUCUUAUGAAUGGGAAAGCAUGCUCGAAAAAGGUCAGAACAUCAGUUGAAAC